AUGACGCUGUAUUUGACAGAAAUUGAGAGCAGUGGCGGCUCCCUUUUCUCCGUCCCUGGCACUAUUCCCCCGUCAGUGCAAAGACCAAAUGAGUUGCCUCACCAGAAACCAUCUUCCGUCGCCACAACCUCCGAAAACAGCUCUGCGCACCCCUUCCGAAGCAGGAAAUCUGUGCUCUCGGGUGAGGAAGGUAAAACCGCGGCACAGGACGAAUCUCGCAGUGUCGACAGCCUUGAUGCUCUGAAGAGCGUCCGUACUGACAUCUCUGUGGCCGGCUCAAAUGGUUCUUUGAAUGCGGGAGCCAAGACCGUAUGCCCCAUCUCGGAGACUACCCUCCUUAAUGGCUACGAGUCCGAGAGUCCCGAUGAGAUUGCUCUCACAAAGACUGCUUGUGCCUAUGGCUGCAAACUCCUCCAACGUGGUCUUGACUUUGUCGUUCUCUGGCUGCCGGGUGAAGGAAUGGUUCGCGUACAGGUUCUGCACGUCCUGCCCUUCGACUCAACUCGGAAAUGCAUGUCGAUUAUAGUGCGUCACCCAGGCACAGACGAGGUCGUCCUCUAUACCAAAGGCGCAGAUUCAGUAAUCAUGGAAAAGCUCGCACCAGAACAAGGUGCCUUUUAUGUCUUUGUUAACUCUUCAGUUUUAUUCUUAAAUGCGCAUCGCCCAUAG